CAGUCAAAUUUGCCAGCUUGCUCGGCUCCGUUAUAGUCAUUCAGAUGUCGCCGGAUGAGUUUUAGUUGAGAUGGGUUUUCAUCCUGGAUUAAGUCUACACCGGAGCUGUUAAAACUCGCUGCUGAGCGCGGAUUUGGCUUCUGAAUGCAAACAAGCUGAAGAUCGGCUGUUUUCCACGCGUGGAUUUGUCUGCAAAGCGUUAAGUUCGUGGCGUUCGGAAUCCGGCUCCUGAACUGACCAGAGAUCAUCAUGGCAACGUGCACUUUGAUUUACCCCAUCAGUAGAGUGAUAUUGUUCCCGCUGCUGCUGCUCUUGAAGCCUGCGCACGCCGGAUCCUACUCCCCGAACACGGAGCUAUCAGGGAAGCCAGUCCCUGAACCGGUUCAGAGCGCAGGCUGGGGGGAGGUGAGUGUUCCGGACGGGGACAGGAGGACGCGCAGCCCCGGGACCGACUCACUUCUCACUUCGGGCUGGGUCUCUUCUGAUCGGCACCAGUCACCUUCUCGACCCAAUGGCGGUUCCAGGACUAGAACACUGCCACAUGGUGGCAUUGUGUCUGGAAGCUGGACAGAUGAUUCUCAGAAUAAUGUAGCAUAUAUUUCCACUACCAGAGAACUGGAUCUGCAGAUGUCAACUGAUAUCAUAUCUUUGGAAAGAAUUGAAAUGUCAACUUCCUUUACACCAGUUACAAAGAACUCACAAAUUUAUCUACCUGAAAGUUCCGAACCCGACGAAAACAUUGCAAGUAACUUUGAGUCAGCAAAUUUUUUUGUUUCUGCAAGAAAUUAUAUAUCUGAAUCUCAGAAUCUCUUCUUUACAUCACCUCUUGAAAGUGAGAUGACAAGUGAAGAUGGAAAAGCAGGGACAGGGAAUCUUGAACGAUCUUUGAAUACUUCACCUGGAGUUUCUGACAUGUCUUCAGAUAUAGGAUUAAAUGAUGCUACACUGCCUCUAAAUACCAUGUCAAAUAGAACCCGUAGGUAUUUAGGUAGUGAGAAGAGCUUUUCAGAGAGGGCUUCCAGCAUUUCAUCAAUUGAUUCUAAAAUACUCAGUACUUUACCAAGUACUUCUGAUAGGCCAUUGAAUAAUAGUACAAGAUCAUAUGUACACGCUUCACUGAUUGAAUUUGAAGGAUUGAGUUCUUCACAGGCAAAUUUGUUAAAUAAUUUAUCAAAUAAUUUUGAAGAAAGAAGUACAUCAACAUAUAUAACAAGAAGUACUAUACCGAAUGACUCUGAAGGAUUAAAUACUAUAACUGAGUUUACAAAAUCUUUAAGUACUUCACUAAGUAAUCUUCAGAGAUUAAGUUCAUUGCUGACUGAUUUGAAACAAUCUUCAAGUACUCCUCUGAAUGACUCUGAGAAAUUAAGUACUUUGAGGAAUGAUUUUAAGAGAUCGGUAAGCACUUUACCAAAUGACUUUGAAAAUUUGAGUACAUCACUGGAUGGUUUUGGACAAUCGUUGACCAGUUCACUAGCUGAUCCUGAAAGAUUUAGUACUUCACUGAAUGAUUUGAAACAAUCGGUAAGAACUCAGUCAGUAGACCCUGAAAGAUUUAGUACUUUGCUGGAUGAUUUGAAACAAUCGAUAAAUACUCCGUCAGUAGCUCCUGAAAGAUUUAGUACUUCACUGAAUGAUUUGAAACAAUCAAUAAGUACUCGUUCAGUAGCUCCUGAAAGAUUUAGUACUUCACUGAAUGAUUUGAAACAAUCGAUAAGUACUCGUUCAGUAGCUCCUGAAAGAUUUAGUACUUCACUGAAUGAUUUGAAACAAUCGAUAAGUACUCGUUCAGUAGAUCCUGAAAGAUUUAGUUCUUCACUGAAUGAUUUGAAACAAUCGAUAAGUACUCGUUCAGUAGAUCCUGAAAGAUUUAGUUCUUCACUGAAUGAUUUGAAACAAUCUAUAAGUACUCGUUCAGUAGCUCCUGAAAGAUUUAGUUCUUCACUGAAUGAUUUGAAACAAUCGAUUAGUACUCAGUCAGUAGCUCCUGAAAAAUUUAGUGCUUCACUGAAUGAUUUGAAACAAUCGAUAAGUACUCAGUCAGUAGCUCCUGAAACAUUUAGUACUUCACUGAAUGAUUUGAAACAAUCUAUAAGUACUCGUUCAGUAGAUCCUGAAAGAUUUAGUACUUCACUGAAUGAAUUCAAACAAUCUAUAAGUACUCCGUCAGUAGAUCCUGAAAGAUUUAGUACUUCACUGAAUGAUUUGAAACAAUCGAUAAGUACUUCAUCAGUAGAUCUUGAAAGAUUUAGUACUUCACUGAAUGAUUUGAAACAAUCUAUAAAACUUCACUGA